CCAACAUAUCAUGGUCUUUUUCCAAAGGCCUAUCCUCCGAAAAUUCGGAUGGCAGGGCCCAGCAUGGCAUUCGACAUAUUUACCGUUGCACAAUGGAUCUUUUCCUUCUCUUCAUUUCUCCCGGAUUGACCUGCAACCGCUGCAACUCAAACCCUCUCCCCAAGGACAUCCCCAAAGACAUCAACUCCAGGCAACUUGAACAAGGACCCGUCCCCUUGACUGCCCCUACGUUACAAAGUCAUUGUUUCAGUGUCUGCUUUUCUACAUCAGUCGUGCAGUUAACCUGCCCUUCUCCGGAUUGCCAGAGUCCCCGCCCCUGACACAUUCCUCUGCUACCCAUCACCCUGGAUCAAAUGUCACAAUCCACCGCUCUCCCGCCUACAUCUCAGCGUGACCGAAGAAUCCUUCCUCCUUCGCGUGUAUAUUCAUCCACAUCAUAUUCUCCAGAACCUCCAUCACCUCUGUCCGACUUCACCGACGAUCAGACAUCAUUCGCCGGUGAAUUUUUGAAUCGAUGUAAGGUUUCGGCUGCCAAACUCCAGCGCUCAGAAUCUCCUCGACGACAGCUUCAGAGAUCGUUGACUUCUGCGUUUGCCAACUCUUUCAUUUCAUCCUCAGACCAAGACCCCCGACGCCAGAGUAACCUCUUCUUCGGCGAUCUUUUCAGUGGAUCAUCUGCGCCAAUUAACAUUGGCUUCAUCCAGGACGACAAUAGCGAGGAAGAAAGCGAGGAAGAGACAGAGAUGGAUGGAAUCUACACUCGAGCACCCCAGCGUGCACGAAGGCCCAUCCCUGUAAAGGGUACCCAUUCGGUUCACAACAGAAGUCAAGGUUCUCUCGGCAGAACAUCCACGAUCUCUGAUCGAUCAAGUCGAUUUGCGUGGUUCACACGAUCCAACGGUUCCCAGACACCAGAGACAAUUCCUGCUUCGUCGGUUGAGGAUAACGAUCCGCUUCUCACUAUGUCGAUUGCGAACGUGCUAUUCCCUCACGGCCAUCCGGAUCCAUUAGCACCUCAUUCGUUCCACGAUCUCGUCGACUCGUCGACUAGUCUCCUCGCCACUUUCCAGUCUGCGUACCGUGCGCAGCAUGCCCAGAUGGACAGCGUGCGAGCUGAACACUCGGCUCUAUUGGAGGAGUUUGCAGAAAUGGAAACACGGUCCAAGCACCUAAAGUUGCAAUUGCAUGACAUGGCAUCCCAAGUCGAACGCAGCGAGGCGGAAAAGCGGGAAUUACGAGAUCUUCUGAACCAAGAGCAACAGGAAACCGCUCUACGAGAAUCGGCUCGAAAAAGAAGCCUGAACCUUGUUGCCAGCCCAUUUGACCGAGCAUCAGAUAGCCCCGAGCUUCCUGGGACGAAGCAUAUACGCUGUUACCGGGGUGAAAGCGGUUCAACGACACCAACAACCGAUUCCGGAUUCGAAUCUGAAGCUGAAAGCAGUUCUGGGAGUAUAUUUUCCAAAACCAGUGGAGUGGCCUCAAUCCCAUCGACCGACACUACGUGGGACGAUCACGAAACACCUCGAGACCUUCCUUCUACCGAAUACAAUCGCCGAUCGAUGUUUGAUGAUGUCUUGGAUGUGAUGAGAAAGAAGGAAAACCCAAACCACCUCUAUAAAAGAGAGUUUCGGCCCGCCGGUUCGGGAGGACAGCACUCAUCCGUGGGCAAUGGCAAUCUAGCUGAACGAAACGCUUGGCUGGAGCAACGAGUUCUGGAGCUGGAGCAUGCUGUGGAUAGCUGUUUGGAUCUUGUAUGUUAGAAUGAUUGAUGUACAAUUUGUUAGAUAGAUAUCUAGAUACCCGAAGUUAGACUAAUGAUAGGAGGCGAGCA